UGAAUGUGUUGCAAAUAAUUUGAGUGUGGACCCGAUUCCUCCUGAGCUGGCUUGCUUAAACAGCUUAGAGCAACACUUAAUUGCACUAAAUAUCCCCUUCAUGAAAAUGCUAGCAUUGCCCAAAGGGGGGCAAAAUGGUGUCCAUGGGCCUGUGACUUGUGUUCCGGCCAAUGUAGUUGAAACGACAAAUUUGUUGCCACGGUCCAAUAUGGAAGGCUCUAUGCUCCGUGUCAAGCUCAAAAGAAAGUUAACUUACAAAGGACACUAUGAGUACCAUUUUGUAGACAGCAUGCACAUUCGAGAAGCCUUAAGGUAUUUAAAAGAGUCAAAUGUGCAUUAUGAAGAUAUAGAGUACAACGAGGAGUGGGUCAAUGACUUUUGUAGGGAACCUGAUGCCUCUCAGGUGGAGGACAGUGUUCCUGCUGUAGAUGUCACACCGCCUCUAGAUGCAGAAGAUGAACAGCUCCAUGAUAGACAGCAACACUGCAUGUUUCAGGACACUUGUUUAAUGCCAGUUGACAUCGGUCAGGAAGUGUUGGAUCAGUACUAUGACAAUAUAUUGAAUGUGGCUCCGGCAGAAGGCAAUAAUCCUGUAAGGUUGCUUUCUGACCAUUCAAAUGAAGCUAGAUGUUUCCCAGUGUUAUUUCCACGCGGCCGUUUCACAUUUCAUGAUACACGGCAAUAUAGACUGACUGCAUCUAGAUAUUUUAAUAAUCGUGUCAUGCAUGCUGAUAAGCGGUUUGGGCAGAAUGUGGAAUACAUAUUCUAUGCUCAGUAUUUGUGUGAACUUCUGCAGGUGGUGUCGAGCAUUUCCAUUGCUUUACGCAAAGGAAUUGCUGGUUUGGUGGCAAAAAUGGCCAAGGAUUUGUUGACCAACGAUGAGUCGUUAAAGACAUUGUUGGAAUGUGACCAGGGCUAUCGUUUUCUGAAGCCCAUCAGAGGCACUCCAGCCUUUUGGCAGAGUACGCAGCGCGAUAUUUUGGCUUGUGUGCGUCAGCUUGGUGUUCCCACGUGGUUUUGCUCUUUUUCGUCUGCUGAUUUACGGUGGCAAAACAUGUUAGACUGUGUUUUGAUACAAGAGGGAAGAACGCAAACAGCUGCAGAGUUGGAGUGGGCUGAUAGGUGCGACUUGUUGCGACGCAAUCCUGUGACUGCUGCACGUAUGUUUGAUUUCCGGUGGCAUGUUUUUCUGAGAGAGGUGAUAAUGUCUAAGAGCCAACCGAUUGGCAAAGUUGUGGACUAUUUUUACAGGGUCGAGUUUCAACAGCGUGGUUCUCCACAUGUCCACUGUUUGUUCUGGGUAGACAAAGCCCCGAAGAUUGAUGUAAACACUGAUGAGGAAGUUACUGACUUUAUUGAUAGAUACGUCACCUGUGAAUUGCAGACACAGGAUGAAGUAUUGUCAGACACGGUGUCGUCUGUGCAGCAGCAUUCAUAGCGACAUUCCAAAACAUGUAAAAAGAAAAAUACCACGUGUCGUUUUGGUUUUCCUAAACCUGUGUCUGGCCGAACAUUCAUUAGCCGUCAGUUUGAGGGACAAGGAGACAAAACGUGCAGUUGCCAGAGUAGCCAAACUGGCAUUAAAACAUGCACAUGUCCGAAAGUCUCCAAAAGUUCUGUAGACAUGAAAGCAGAAGAGGCAUCAGAAAUCAUAAAAUCCAUAAAAACAGCCCUGGCUGACGAGAACCACACUUAUCAAAGUGUGGAACAUUUGUUCCAUAGUCUGGGUAUAACCCAAGAAAUUUUUGAGACUGCACACCGCCGCUUGGGUCGGCGUACAGAGGUCAUAAUAAGGCGCCAAAUAAAUGAAAUUUGGAUCAAUCCGUACAGCAAACCUCUGCUGAAAUGCUGGAAUGCAAACAUGGACAUCCAGUAUGUAGUUGAUGCAUAUGCCUGCGUAGUGUACAUCAUUUCGUACGUUUCCAAAGCUGAAAGGGAGAUUGGAUUGCUGCUGAGUAAUGCCCAGAAAGAAGCAUCCAAACAGGCAAACGUCAGUGCCAAAGUUUGCCGUUUAAUGACAUGUGCUUGGCACAAUUUGCUUCGGAAUACCGCAUCAUCAGCAAAAACGAAAGGUCGGCAUCCAAAAUAGAACUUAAAAACAACUACGGACAUGUGACAAA